AUGGCCGAGAAUCCAAUUUGCACAGUCGAGGAGUUCACCAGCACCACGUUCGACUAUGUGAUCUGCGGCGGCGGAACUGCAGGACUCGCUCUCGCAGCGCGCCUCAGCGAAAACCCGGAUGUAACCGUCGGUGUCAUUGAGGCGGGCAAGUAUCGCAUUGGAGAUCCAAUAGUUGAUACUCCUGCGGCCUUCCCGCAGAUGUUCGAGAAUCCCGAGUAUGAUUGGUGCAUGUAUACGGUGCCGCAGGAAGGCAAUCGUGGCGUGUCUCAACAUAUGCCGCGGGGAAAGCUCCUCGGUGGAUCCAGCGGCAUGAAUUAUAUGAUCUACGUGCGAGGAUCGACACAAGACUACGACGACUGGGCGGAGCUGGUAGGGGAUGAUGGAUGGUCCGCGAAGCAUAUGCAGCAGUAUAUGCGAAAACAUCAGACCCUCGAGCCAAUCGACCCAUCAAUCACCGGUCGGUCCACAAUGCCACUUGUAGGCGAGUUCCACGGCACGAGCGGGCCCAUUCGCACCAGCUUCAAUGAUUCAAUCCUGCCGGUGGAGAACGACAUCAUUAAAGCCUGCGAGGAUGUAACCGGCAUAUCAAGCAAGCCCACUGACGCAUGGAGUGGUGACCACAUCGGCUUCUACCACACCCUCGGUGCAGUCGAUCGAACCGGCCCGAAUAAAGGCAAGCGCAGUUACUCCGCACGAGGAUACUAUGAAGCCAUCCGCACCGCUCGGCCAAACCUCAAAAUCGUCUGCUCGGCCCUCGUCAAUCGCGUCGUACUAGACGGCAACAAAGCUACCGGCGUAAGCUUCACACACGAUGGAGUCGAGUACCAGGUCUCCACGCGACGUGAAGUAAUCGUCAGCGGUGGGACAUUGCAAAGCCCCCAGAUCCUUGAGCUAUCGGGGAUCGGUGACCCAGAGAUUCUCAAAGCCGCCGGCGUUGAGUGCAAGGUCGCUAACAAAGGGGUCGGUGCAAACGUCCUAGACCACCCCCUCACGUUUUCUGUAAUGGAUGUCCAGCCCGGAAUAGUCACACGGGAUACCUUGUAUCAAGUGCCCGAGGCAAUGGAAGCUGCUAGUAAGCAGUAUGUCGAAGCCAAUGGCGGGCCACUUAGCUCUGUCAGCACCAUGCAGGGCUUUUUCCCGGCAAAGAGAAUACUCUCAGAGACGGAGCUGGGAGAGAUCAUCCAGAGUAUUCGCGAUAUCAAACCGACCAGCGCAUUCCACGCGAAACAACUUGCACAGACUAUUGCACACCUCGAGAGCGACCACUCUGCCAAUAUGAAGGCUCUUACCGUGCCAGCCUCCAUGAACCCGCAUGCGAUGGAUCACCAGAGCAAGCUGCUUACACCGCGUUCGGCUGAUCAACCAGCUGGUUUGACCAUGGCGUUUUCUCUGCAGUACCCCAUAUCUAGAGGGACUAUCCAUAUUGGGAGUGCAGACCCAACCAAACCCCCUAUCAUCGACCCCAAAUACGGCGGCCACCCAGCAGACGUCUCCCUCCUGGCGGCCUUACUGCGCUGGGCUGAUAAAGUCACAAAAUCAAAGCACGUGGAGUCCUCGUUCCUGCGGCGCGCUUAUCCGGACCUUAGUAUGAACUUGCAGGACAUGGAUACGGCCCGAGAAGCAGUGUAUGACCUCGUUUUAGGCGAGUACCACAUCAACGGGUCCGUUGCUAUGGGUGAUGCGUUGGACAGCAGAUUGAGGGUGAAGGGCGUGGAGGGACUUCGUGUUGCGGAUGCGUCCGUGUUCGCGAAUAAUGUUUCGGGGAAUAUUGUUAGCACUGUGUAUGCUGUUGCGGAGAAGGCGGCGGAUUUGAUUCUCGAGGAUUGGGCUAGGAAGGAGACUAUGACGUAG